UCACGUGUCUUCAUUGGCCUAGGUUUUUCAAGGCUGCGGGCAACCCAAGAUGGUGGCACAGACCCGUCAAUCUCGCUCAGCAUCAGACAGCGGCUUCAGCGCCCGCUUUAGGCCUUACAACCCAGAGGAACGUCCCACAAACGGCCCGCGGGAACGAGUUUGGAUCGGCUGGUGACCGACGUGAAGGAGAAACUGAAGCAAGCGAAGAAGUUUUGGUCUUCCCUUCCCAGCAGCAUUUGCAGCAACGAGAAGAUGGCUGCCGGCAACAUUCACGAAGAAGAAUGCUGGAACGGAAAGAACAAGAGCAGGUACCUCUUCGCCGUGAUGCCGAACGGCUUAGCGAACCAGGCAAACAACCCCGAGGUGGAAGUGGACACUUCGAAGCCGGACAUCAUGAUCCGCCGUCAAAUCAUGUCCCUCCGCGUCAUGAUCAGCAAGCUGAAGAACGCCUACAACGGCAACGACGUGGACUUCAUAGAUAUCAGUGACGAAAGCAGCGGAGAAGGCAGCGGAAGCGGGUGCGAAUUUCAACAGUGCUCUCCCGAGCUGGUGCUGAACGCCACCGAAGUCACACACAACGUCAACAAAAUCGAUCAAAAAAUGACUGAUUUGGCCGUCCGCUUCGGCCCGUCGGAAGCCGUUCUUCUCUUAAGCCUCUUUUUCUUCCUCCUGGCUCAAAGACAAUGGAGAUAACUAAGCCUGCUCCUCCUUUUUAUUAUUAUUAUUAUUAUUAUUUUUUAAAAAACCGUUGGAGAGGGAGGGAAAAAAAAGAACUUUUUUUUUAAAAAAACGAAAAAUAAAAAUGCCGAGGGGGGCCUGGAUUUCACGUUUAUACCACCGAGAGACAUUUGGGGGAAAGUUUCAGAAAGUUCCUUUGUAAGUUAAACGGAAAAAACAUCAUGUACGGGUUUGUUUUUUUUUAAAAAACUUGUUGCCACUGGUUUAAAUUUUUUUUCCCCCUUCCCUGCCCUCUUUUCACUUUUCGGAAAGAGGGAGAUGGGUUGAAAUCACAAAAACCAUUUGGGCCAGUUAAUCUCAUCUGUUGACCGAGAAACCACAAUAAAUGUGGGACGUUGAGUGUG